AUGGCGAAUUUGAAAGACUUGCGCUCUUUUGGCCAGGUCCCCUGGAACCUGAUAAUGGCAAUCCUUGUCAUCAACGUCAGUGUAUUCAGUUUUGGAUUUGAUCAGAGUGUCUUUUCCACCAUACAGGCAAUGGAUGCAUACGAGAAACGAUUCGGAACCUACGAUCAUAAAACCGAGACAUGGGGAUUCACGGCCGAGCACUUAUCUUUCUUGAACUCUUUCGGCCUCCCUGCCAAAUGUGUAGGCGCUGUUAUGGGUCUACUAUUUGCCGAAAGACUAGGCAGAAGACCAUCCUACAUUGCCAUGCAGUUCAUCGUGAUCAUCGGUAUUGCGGUCAGCUAUAGUGCUCAGACGUUUGGACAGGCUCUUGCAGGCAGAAUUAUUGUCCAAUGCUUCGUGGGCUGGGAUAAUUUCUUAGCGCCGAUGUUCCUCGCUGAGAUCAGUCCCACGUUUCUUCGAGGAGGUAUCGUGGUGAUUUAUGUCUUUGCGCAUAUUCUGGGAUCCUUGAUUUGCUCUUUUAUUACUCUUGCCACGGCGAAGUAUGAAGGGGAUUCCUCGUGGCAGAUACCCUUAGCUUCGAUGUUUGCAUUCCCGUUGUGUGUCUUGGUUCUUUUCUGGAUUAUUCCUGAGAGUCCGAGGUGGCUUGUGCGAAAGGGUCACCGUGAGCGUGCUAUUAAGCAUCUUCGUUGGCUUCGUGGGUCUGCCUUUACAGAACAGGAAGCGGAGGUGGAGGUGAACAUUUUGCAGGAGAGUGUUGAUGGUGAUGCUGUGACAAAGGGACAUUGGAAGGACUUCCUAAAGGGGUCAAACAAGCGACGACUCGGAAUUGCGAUAGCAUCCGGGAUGUUUAAUCAACUGACCGGCCAAAGCUUCAUGAGCCAAUACGGAGCCAUAUUCAUCAAAAGCCUCAAUACGAUGAGCCCUUUUACUUUCAGGGUGGUUUCCUCCGCUGUCACGCUCGUAGGUCCAAUCAUCAGCUUCUCCUUGGUUGAUUUGAUUGGCCGACGGAGAAUGUACUUGACUGCAGGAAGUGCCUGUACAGCGGUGCUUCUCAUCUGCGGUGGAUUAGGAACAGGAAAUGUUACCUCCGGCGACAAGACUGGCAUUGUGACCGUCUGUGUUCUCUUUGGAUUUUUUUACAUUAUGUCCUUUGGAGCCAUCGGUGCCGUCACUGCAGCAGAAGUUCCCCAUUUACAAUUGCGCGACAAGAAUUCAAUGAUAGUAUAUUGCGUGCAAUUUGUUUGUGACUUUGUCGUCUCCUUUACCCUUCCAUACUUACUCGACGCUGGAUAUGCCAAUUUGCAAUCUAAGGUUGGAUUCAUCUAUGGUGGACUCGGAUUUCUCGGUCUUGUCUGGGCAUACUUUUACUUACCAGACAUGGCUGGUCGCUCUCUUGAAGAACUGGAGAUCAUGUGGGCAGAGAAAAUUCCUGCACGUCAGUUCCGAAAAUGGAAAUGUCCCGUUCACGUUGGCGCAGACGACGAAUCCACGUUUACUGGCGUACAGCAUGAAACCACCAAGGUUUAA